AUGCGGCAGAUGCGCCAACCCAUAUCGCGCUCACAGGCAAGACCACACAGCUACCAGACUUCUUCUGCCUCGCAAAAUCUAUCAACCCUCGCGCCAGGCUCGCACCAAUCUGUGUCAGUGGUAGUAACGAACAGACCAGUGGUCACACCGGCCAACGCCUCGGAAAGCGGAGACGGGCAAGCAGAAGAGGAACCAAACCGGAACAAUACCACCCCACAAAGAGGUGUGGGAGGCGUUGUCUCCGAAAGAGACCUGUAUUUCGUGCCGAUGGCGGGUGGUAACUCGAACUCCACCUCGACCCCGGGGAGUAGUGGGUAUUUCAUGUCCGGACCGGGGAACACCAAAGCCCGCGGAACGAAACGCUCCCGCGGAAGCGACAUGGACAUGGGCAUGAACGUGGCUAUGCACGGCGACGCCGAUGAAGGCGACGCCGAUCUCGACGGCGGCAACGACGAGAUGCCGCGCAAACACGGCAAGCGGCUAACAACACGCGAAGAAGUCUCCCUGUUUGAGAUCUGCAACCGCCACGCCGAAAACUUCGGCCACCGCAGCAACCUGUGCAACUGGUGGAAGACCGUUACGGCGGAGUUCACGCGCGCCCACGGGCAUCCGUACUCGUGGCACUCUGUGCGGCGCAAGGUCGAGCUGGUCUCGAAACAGCGCCGGAAGUUUCUGGAUGAUCAGCGUGCUCGCGGGGGCGGUGCGACGGUGACUGAGGACCUCUCGAAUCCGCAGUGGCGCGCUGCGGUUGAUGCGUGGAUUCCUACCUGGCAGCGCUGGGAGGAGGCCGAGGCGCGGCGCAUUGAGAAACGCGAUUCGAGGAGUAGUCGCAAGCGGACGGGCAAGGAUGUUCACCAUCAUAGUCAGCACCAUCAUCAUCACCAGCAUCACCAGCAGCAACAGGCUUGGGAUCCGUGGGCUGCGGCUGGUGCUGCGGAGAUCGACGGGAACCCGUCUACGUCGUCGCCGAGUGAGUUGCCGACGACGGAUACCUCGCUUCCUGUUGCUGCGGGCUCAGCUUCCUCUUCUGCGAGCGAUGCUCCCAUUCUCCCCGCUGAUGUCGCUGUUCCUGUUCCAGCUGCAGCUACACACCCGCUCCUACCACCACCAUCUUCCACCCAGGUCUCUUCUGUGAAACUGCCCCCGGGCUUCGAAACAAUGUUCUCCAACAUGCCAUCGACCCAGUCCCCAGCUGCAUUCACGCCCACCGCGCCCGUGCAACCCGAUAACCGCAUGGUCAGGUCUCUCCUCCAAACACUAGACAAGCUAAACAAACAUCUCGACGCCGCGUCCAUGACCGCCGGCGGCGCAGGACGCCGUCCUUCCUCGUCAUCCGUCAUUUCAGCGCUAGUAUCCGCCUCCGAAGCUGCAGUCCAGAACUCCUCCUCUACUGCUCAACGCGCGUCUCUGCAACAUGCCUCGUCGGUUGACAUCGAAGCCAUUAAGGCGGAACUGCGGCAGGAGAUGCGCGCUGAGUUGCGCAGUGCAAUGGAACGGAAUGCUGCCAUAGAGGAGAAGCUGGAUUCGUUGCAGCGGACCCAGGAGGUUAUUCUUAAUAUGCUGAGACAGGAUCCUGCUUGA